AUACCCAACAUGGCUGGACCUCUAACCGACCUACUGCAGAAGGGGACUUUUUACGAGUGGGGGGAGAAGCAGCAAGCUGCGUUCGAGGCAUUAAAAACUCUUUUAAUGUCGCCACCGGUACUUCGCAUCGCUGACCCAGAACGACCCUUCGAAGUCAUCACCGACGCAAGUGACAUCGCCAUCGGAGAAGUGCUCAUGCAGGAUUUCGGCAAUGGGCUUCAACCAAUCGCGUACGAGUCUCGGAAAAUGCAAUCUGCUGAGCGCAACUAUCCGGUACACGACAAGGAGAUGCUGGCGAUCGUCCACGCGUUCAAAAUCUGGAGAUGCUACCUGACUGGAGCAGACGUGAUGGUGCGAACUGAUCACAAAUCACUACAGUACCUGAGAGCGCAGCCGAAUCUCAACCCGUGGCAGAUACGCUGGCUGGACUAUCUGGAGUCGAACUUCACGUACAAUAUCACGUAUAAAAACGGUGCCAACAAUAUUGCCGAUGCCCUUUCCAGACCAUCUGCCCAACUCGCAGCAGUACUAAUAUGGUGACGGACGUGCAGCGUUACGUGGCC